CAGGGUCCAUGGUCAUACUUCCUCCAGCAUCGCAAGACACACUGUCGUUUCUGUGUCGUCAUUCCAGCAGUGAUUACCCUGUAAUUAUUCUGAGAAGAGUGGAUGUGGUGAGCUCGCUAGAGUUGAGACGUGAUCGUAAGCGGUGUGCGCAGCAGCAGCAAACUGUAGCAGGGAUCCGUGGAGAGCAGAGCAGCAGCCCUCUCGCCGCGCCGCCAGCCGCCCCGCCAUGUACCCCACCAUGAUGGAGUCAAUGCCAGUGUCCUACGCCAGCACCAUGGGGGGCAUGAUGGGCCACUACUUCUCCGGGAGCAGCGCAGCUAUGGGCGUGGGCCAGAUACCCCCGACUCACCACACCAAUUCUCAUGUUCAACAGCCGCCGCCCCAGCAGCCCGCCGCGCAGCAAGAGAGCAGCCACCAGCACCAGCAGGCUAGCCACACGCCCCACGCGCCUGCGCAGAGCGCACCCGAGGCUCUGACAGCAAGUCACCCCCACCUGCGGGAGUCCAACUUGGUAACACCUAUCUCCACGCCCUCGCCCGCUGAUUCCACUGCCUCAGGUUGCUCUCCCAGCGGCUCUUCGCAGAAGAAAGAAAAUGGAAGCAAGGAUGACCACAUCAAGAGGCCCAUGAACGCCUUUAUGGUUUGGUCCAGAAUGCAGCGCCGCAAGAUAGCGCAAGAAAAUCCAAAAAUGCACAACUCAGAAAUCUCCAAACGCCUCGGAGCUGAAUGGAAGACAUUAACGGAAGCUGAAAAACGUCCCUUCAUCGACGAAGCAAAACGGCUCCGGGCGCAGCACAUGAAGGACCACCCAGACUACAAGUACCGCCCCCGCAGGAAGCCCAAGACACUGAAGAAGGACGGUUACCCCUACAGCAUCCCUUACCCCGCCGUCUCCAUGGACCCUCUUCGCGGAGGAUUCCCGUCCCAGUUGUCACCAUACUACUCUGCCAGUGCCGCUGCUGCUAACUACGGCUCCAUCACUGCUGCACACAUGGCUGCCGCUGCCGCCGCCGCUGCGGCUGCCCAACAACAGCUGACCACCCAAGUGUCUCAGGCGAGCCCCGUCGCUUAUGGUUACGACGCCUCCAAGUACAGCAGCUACAUGAGCAGUUCCUCAGGUUACCCCAUGAGCAUGUACGGAGCCGCAGCCACUGAUCCCAAAUACGGUGAUACAAGCAAAGCCGCUGCCGCUGCAGCUGUGGGAGGGUACGAGGCCGCCAAAUCAUAUCUAGACAGCAGUAAAUACCUGUCGGAUAAAUAUGGACUGGAGAAGCCUGCCUCGUAUUUGGACAAACUGGCUCAAGAACCCAAGGAUGCUGAGAUGAAGAGCGCGUCCCCUGGUGCCGCUGCCGUCAACCCGGGCACCAUGGCCGGCUACAGUUCGGCGGCCGGGGCGCUCAGCAACUACUACAGCCAGGCCGCCAGCACGUCCGCCUUCCAACCGUCAGGAGCGCUGAGUCAGGCCGUUCCAUCCACAAUGGCUGGUCUUCUACAGCCUUCACAGGUGGCUUCCUACACCAACGCACAGUAUCCACCUGUAGGAGCAGACUAUCGGAGGCCACUGUCUGUCAUCUUUUAGACACCAGCUGGAGCCAAGUGAAGUAAACCUGGCUGAGCCUGGUGAUGUCACCGUCUUGUAAAUACCCAGUUGGGGAUGGUGUAAAUAUGUACAUAUCUCCGUAUUAGACGUCUUUCACCUGAUUAUUUAUGCAAGUGCCUGGGUGUUGCUAUUGUUCUUGUUGGUUGAUACUUUCUGAGUUCCUGUUUACAGUACAAUUUGUAAGAAUGCUCUGGACAGCCGCUAUCAGCCAGGUGCGUGCGGGCCCACCACGUGAUCCAGAGCGUCGUGUAGUGAGUGUUAGGCAGGCCCUGUUAGAAGGCGUCAACAAACAAGGUGUACUGCAGGACUCCCUUCAGGAAAGGAAUGUUCCUAAUCUCAGUAGUUAGUUUUUUGUUGUUUGGCGUUAUUUGUAUAUUUUGUUGCUUGUUUCCAGCAAAGAGCCAGUGUUGUGGGUGUAUAGUUGGCCCUCUGCCCAGUAUUGUUCCUAACCCCAGUGCAGCCCCGGCGGCGUCCGGGCGAGGCGCCGCCCUGGGGCGUCCAGCGCCAGCCGGUGGAGGUGCAGGUUCUGUAAUGUAGCCAAGUAUUCAAUAAAGUGGAACUUGAAAA